UUUGUUGAACUGAUCAGGGAAAGGUGGCAUGGAAUCCGUGGCUGCUUGUCAGGCUAAUUCAUUGAAUAUACACUCUGUCUCCACACCAUUACCUGCUGUCUAGCCACUAUGUUAACUUCCCCAGUGGAGCUACAGGCCUGCUUGCUUCCUGUAGUAAUGUCAGGACAACUGUUCAGGUGAUUAGCGCCUCUGGGACGGGUUUGAAGUGGAAAGGAUACAGCCUCUGAAGUGACAUGACAAGUGCCCAUCCCACAUGGCCAUCAACACAAGGAGAGAUCAAAGGCACUUCAAGGUAGGACUCGCAUAUACUUCACCUUACACCACAGGACCCGGAGCUAGUCUGGGUUCCAAAGCUGAGGGGGUGACACCACUUUUUAGGCCUAAAGACCGAACCCGAGCUGGGACCCUUCUCUUGGACAUGUUUCUGCAGGACACAAGGCCGUUUUGUGAUUUUCCGUUCCCUUUCACCCCUACGAUGAAGAAUUAUUCAUUUUAUCCACCAGAUUGUAAAGAGGCUGCUGUGCGGUGCCCAGAGAUGCCAGCCCUGAACAGAAUGCCACAACUGCCCAUCACUUGCCCUUCCAUCGAAACAGAGACAGAGGCUCAAUUCUCCUCCGAACACAUCCGUGUUUCCCUGCAGGACAGGGGGCUUUGGGACAAAUUCGGGAGCCUGGGUACGGAAAUGAUUAUCACCAAGUCUGGAAGGCGGAUGUUUCCAGCGUGUAAAAUCAGCGUGACUGGCCUAAAUCCCAAAGUGAAAUACCUGAUGAUGAUGGACAUGGUGCCCUAUGAUGACCAUAAGCACAAGUGGAGCCGGAAUAAAUGGGAAGUGAAUGGCAAGGCUGAGCCACACCUUCCCAACCGACUGUUCAUCCACCCGGAGUCCCCAGCGCUAGGGGAGAAGUGGAUGCAGUACCCCGUCUCCUUCAACAAGCUGAAACUCACCAACAACACACUCAACCAGAACGGCCUGGUUAUUUUGCACUCCAUGCACAAAUACCAGCCCCGCCUCCACAUUGUCCAGGCGACCGAUCUGUACAGCCAGCAGUGGGGCCCUUACCUCAGGUUCACUUUCCCAGAAGCUGCAUUCAUUGGAGUCACGUCCUACCAGAACAAUGAGAUAACAAAACUGAAAAUUGAUAACAACCCGUUUGCCAAAGGCUUUCGUGAUUAUGGGUUGAACAGCAAAAGGCAACGGGAAACAAGAGCUCAGAAUUCCUGCAAAAGACCUUUAACAAGAGAGGAUGAAGAGCCCUCGGAAAGCAAAGCUGGACCAAGGCACUGGGAGGGUGUUAAGGGACAGCUAACUCCUCAGACAGAUUUUGUAGUCUCAAGUACACAAGAGGAACCUGACAAAACAGGAACCAACCCCUUCAUCGCCGCCUUCAUGAACAGGAGCCACAGGGAGGCUGCGCGUGGUCUGGCAGAAUGGAUAGACGAGGACAUUAAGGAUCCAUCUCCUGAUAGCCCCAACCUGCUUACAGUCAGGCAGGAUCUCAGGCAAGACAAUAACCGAGUGUCGAACGUAUUUGUAUUUGAAGUAGCAGCAGAUCACUCUAAAGUCUUGGUGAAAAUCGCAUGUCACCAGGAGCUAGCAGCUUCAAAAUGAAUGGUAUAAGAUUUUGUAGCCCUUUUGAGUGAGGUUUCAUAUAUACCAUGAAAGAAAGGGUCAGCCAGACAUAUUUACUUUGCAUCUGUAAGUCUGCUUUAUUGAAGUCUAGUAAACAUUUUGGGUAGUGUCUUCGUGAGCGAGUUUUAAAGCACAACAAGACAUACUGGAACGUUUGGGGAAACAAGCAUUUGGA